CGAUUAUUUGUUAAUUGAUUAUUUAUAUAAAAUAUUGUUAAAUCGAAAACAAAAAGAAAAAGUUAUUUCCCAAAGUGCUUUUAGUAAAAAUCAUUUACUUAUGGCGAAAAAUCACACAGUUAUACUUAGGUAAAUUGCUAUUGAAUAGAUAAAAAGCAAUAUCAAUAUUGCUCGAUUAAUUGUAAUAACUUCGAUUAUCGAUAUUAUUCAUUAAUAAUCUAUUUUAUUGUUUCUCGAAAAUGACUUUUAUGGCAACCCUAGCUAUAGACUUUACUUAUCUUUACUCUUUUGACUUGUCAUUUUGACAAACUAAAUGUCAUUCCGCAUUCGACAUUCGGCUUUCGCUUUCACUCAUUGUGGUUGAAUUGUGUUUACUAUUUAAUCGUAGUGAAUAUUAAUUGUUGUCAUUUUUGUUUCGUUUCCCGUUUUUUAUCUCGACUUUUGCUAUUUAUAAUGGACACCGAUGACGCUAUUUACGACGACCCUGGCAUUCCUACCGGUACCGAUCGAAGCCCUAAUGUUGACCCCGGACUGAACACGGAACACACGACUCUCACUGAAUUGAGAUAUUGUGUUAAUUGUGGUACUGAUGUAACUCAAAGGAGAAGGCAUAGCCUUGAACUUGUAGAGGUUAUGUCCGUAAUACGACACUGGAUUGCACCCCAAGCGGUGACUGAUAGCACUAUAGUAUGCCACUCUUGCUGGACUUUAGCUCUCAACCAGUCACACCACUCCACUACGACUAAUGAUGAUCAACCUUCUACUAGUGGUGGUCACCAUCGUCGUGUUUGUAUUAGUUGUGGAUGCUCUUUGAUGAGAACAAGAUCUCACAGGCUACGUACUGAUACUGAACGUGAGGCACGCAUUCGAAACAUAAUAAUGGAGAGGAUUAUGCCCCGUCAGCUGCAUGGAUCAGAUGAAAUCUGCCACCCCUGCUGGCAGAGAAGUGAUCGAUUGUCAAGUCGUACGCUUGAGCCACCUCAACAAGGAGCAUCAACCAUUAUUCUACCGAACCUUAAAAGAGCAGUAGAUACCCAAGCACAUUGUUUUUUCCCAGACUGUAACUUACUGGAAAGACUAACAGUUCCUAAAUGGUUGAGGGUAAAGCUUUUUGCAGAUUUUAAGUUUUAUGUUCCACCAAAUUGUAGAAUUUGUACAUUCCAUUUGCAAAAUGAUAAUUGGCAGCAAUUGGAAGAUAUUGCACAACCAAUACAAAGUUUUACUACAGACCAUAUUGAGGAUUUUGCAUCAUUUAUAAAUGAAAGGGCCACUAUGUUAGAUUUUUCCAAUAUAGAUGAUAUGUCGGAAGAUUUUGUACAUUUUUGGGUAGGCUUAACAAAAUCUCAGUUUAGGCAACUUAUUUUUGAUGUACCUAGCUUAAGGAACAUGCAGAAGGGCUCAAUAGCACUUGCUGCAUACUUAGUUAAAUUAAGAACAGGUGACAGUGAUGAAAGACUCGCCACAUUGUUUAAUAUGCCCCGAACAACAUUAUUGAGAUAUAUGAAUAAAGCACGUAAUGCACUUAAGCAAGAUUUUGUUACAAGAAACUUGGGCAUAAAUAAUAUUACUAGGGCUGAAAUUGCAGCAAGGAAUUUGUUAAUACCAAAUGGACUCUUUUGUGCAGAAGAUAGGAAACCCAUUGUUAUUAUGGAUGGUACCUAUCUAUAUGUACAAAAGAGUUCAAACUAUAUGUAUCAAAAAGAUACCUACUCCUUACAUAAGUAUAGGAACUUAAUGAAACCUUUUAUAAUAGUGUGCUGCGAUGGGUACAUUGUAGAUGUAAUAGGCCCAUAUCCAGCAACAACGUCUGAUGCUAAUAUAAUGUCAAAUGAAUUCAGCGAUGAGACAAAACCAUUACGGCAAUAUUUUCAACCUGGAGAUAUUUUCAUACUGGAUAGGGGUUUUAGAGACUGUUUGCCAUUGUUAGAACAGAACAAUUAUUCUGUCCACACCCCUGCAUCCUUGCAAGAAGGUGAAAACCAGUUAUCAACACUAGCAGCUAACCAGUCUAGAAUGGUUACCAUUUGCAGAUGGGUUGUUGAAGCAGUAAAUAGCAUUUUUAAACAAUCUUUUAAGCUUCUAAGGCAUGAAUUUUUUAACGUUGCAUCAAGACAUGCCAUGACAGAUUUUACAGUAGCUGCAGCGUUGAUAAAUAAGUUUCACCAAAGGAUAAGGGAUAGGGAUGAUGCAAGCCAAAUCCUUGAAAUCAUAAAUGAAAAGCUUUACAUGAACAAUGACCUAGCAGAUUAUGUUAUCAGAAAUAAUUUAAAUAGAAGGCGAACACAAUUUUUAAAUAUCAAUGUUGACAUAAACAAUGUACCCUUUCCCAGACUGGAGCUAAGCGAUUUAAUUCUUAUAGCUUGCGGGACCUAUCAAUUAAAGCAAGCCCGGUCCUACUAUGGGGAGCACAUUAGAGGUGAUGGUUCCUAUACAAUUGAAGUAUGUAGAGACAUGGCGGGUAACCUAUUGGAAGGUUUUACUGUAACUGAGAAUUCAUCAUUACUGCGAGGUAAGAUCCACAGCAGGCACAUCAGUAGAAAAAUAUAUUUUGUUUAUAUUUUAUAUGAAAAUAAUAGGUCAGGCAGAGAAGCCAUAAAACAAUAUUGUUGUAACUGCAUUGUGGGUCGACAGACAGUAGGUUGCUGUGCCCAUGUCAUGACAAUAAUUUGGUUUAUGAGCUGGGCAAGGUAUCAAGAGUCAAUAAAUCCACCUGCCCAGUUCCUAGAUAAUAUUCUAUUAACAUACGAAUCAGAAUAAAUAAAAUAAAAUAAAUGGAUUUUUAAUUUGAAACCCCUUCUCAUAAACCUCCAUAAAAAAAAUUAGGAACACCUGGACACAAAACUUUAUUAAUUUUCUAAUUUCUACUUGUUAGUGCUAUUAUCUUACAAUGUAAUUAUUAUUCUCAGUGACUGUCCACUUCAAGCCAAAACCCCCAUACAAAGUGGACAGUCUUCUUUCGACAAAUAUUAGGCGUAGAUCGGUUUUAUGGUAGUAGAUUAUUGGUUUUAAAAAAGAAAAGCUAACCAAGUGUACAAGUAUAUUGAAAGAAUGAAAAUUUGAUGUCUCGUUCAAGAAAAAUUAAAGGCGAAUGACGAAGACCUCAGUUUUGUCAAUUUUAGAAAUUACAAUGUAGUAAUUUCAUAUGAUAUGAAAACAGUUUCUGCAGGUAGGAGUUUCUCUCAAUAUUUUUUGUAAAUAAUUAAUUAAACUGAAUUUUUAAUUUAAGCCUUACAACAUUGCAC